AUGGCCGUCAAUGAAGAAACCCCCUUGCUGCGUGCCAGCCGCCAGGACAAGCAGAAAACCAAGGCCGAUGGCGAACGCGACAAACUCGCAGUCUACGGUUCAUUUCUCGGCGUUUUCCUCGCAGCUGCAGACGAAUCCAUCGUUCUUUCCACAUGGAGUGUGAUCGCCUCGGAGUUUCACCGUCUAUCGCAGGGAUCAUGGCUCUUGGCCGCGUAUAACUUUGGGUGGUGCGUGUCAUUGCCGGUGUAUGGUACGCUAUGCGACAUAUAUGGGCGAAAGAAUGUCCUUGUCAGUGCGUAUGCGCUUUUUGCGGCGGGAUGUCUGGCUUGCGGGGCUAGCACGUCCAUGGUUCAGCUGGUGUUAGCCCGGGUGCUCACCGGGGCAAGUGCAGGAGGGAUGGUUUCGCUGGUGUCGGUCGUUCUUACUGAUAUGGUUCCCGCCGACGAGGUAGCCUUGCUCCGAAGCUACGCCAACGUGGUUAAUGUUGUAGGUCGCAGUAUAGGUGCUCCGCUGGGAGGCUAUAUUAUUGGUGCUGUGGGAUGGAGAUGGUCUUUUAUUGGCCAAUUGCCCGUGGCAGCUAUUUGUCUACUAAUUGGGCUAUAUGGGCUUCCGUCGUCCUUAAACUCAACGAAAACUCGGGAUGCAGAUGAAGGGACUUCUCGGCGUAGUAUCAUGGGACUUGACUUUGCGGGUCUUGUCAGCUUCUCUGUCACCAUCCUUCUUCUACUCUUAUUAAUGCAGGAGUUGAGCGCCCCAUCAGAUCGCUUCCAAAUUCCACUUACGAUACUCGCCCCAGCUGUUUGUGCUGGAGUGAUAUUGUUCAUUGUGAUAGAAGCAUACUGGGCUCGAACCCCACUUAUCCCGUUGCACCUCCUGAAGACCUCGCUCGGUGGGUUUUGCCUAAACCAGAUACUGAUGAUGUCGAGCCGCUCGGGACUUAUGAGUAACUUGGCUCCAUACCUGAUUCGGGUCAAGGGUGCAUCAAGCUCAUUGGCUGCGUCAGCCUUCGUGUUGGCUGCAGUUGGGGUGUCAAUUGGAGCAUUGAUCGCUGGAAAAGUUAUCAAAAGAUCGAAGCGAUACCGAACCAUGACUGUCAUCGCCGUUUGUGGUGCUUUCAUGACCUACUUGCUCAUUUUUAUUCGCUGGCGAAAUGGCUGCUACCUUUGGGAAUUAGUAUAUCUGUUGCCUAAUGGUAUGGCUAUUGGUAUUCUCUUCACCACACAGUUUAUUGGUAUGUCGCUGGGCGUGCCGAGCGAGAGCCUCACCACUUGCAUCACUACAUAUUACCUUGCUCAGCAGUCCGGUAAUAUCAUUGGGCCGGCAGCGAAUGUGGCCGUUGUGCAACGCAUUUUUAUGGGGAGGUUGGAGAAGAAUUUAAAUCAGUGGGACGAGAAAAAGUUCAUCGGUCAGAUUCUCAACGAUGACAGGUUCGCUCAGAACCUGUCCCCUGCGGUUCAGUAUAUUGUUCGGUGGAGCUAUUUGAAUGCAUUCCAGUUGGUGCCUUUGAUUUCUGCCGCAUGUGCAUUAUUUAUGCUGCCUACUGUGCUAUGGGUGAAAGAGGAGAGUUUACUGGAUUAA